UUGAACAGUCAAGAUCACAAGACCACAAAUCGCAAGACCUAAGUGCAAAAAUGGCCUACGAAACUCUGCUGAACACCACCUACAGCCCGACAGUCUGCCCCAAGAAGACCUACACCCCCGCCAAGGCCAUGAAGAAGAUCUUCAAAGUGGCCCGCAAAAUCUUCAAGGCUUCGGGUCACCAGCCGCUCAAGAACCACACCAUCCCGAAGGAACUCCCACUGCCAAUCUCGGAUGAGGAGUUCCAGAACUCCCAGAACGAGAAACUGGAAGCCGAGCUCGCCUAACUGUGAUCGAGGAAAAUGGGAAAUCCUGAAAAGCCAACUUCCCAAACAGCUUUAAGACUGCAUCGGAAUCGGUCUCUAAACAUCCGCACCAGCUUUAACUCCCCACUCUGCAAGUGGACACUUAAAAAUGCAUAACUAUCCAGCUUUAAUCAUUGUCUUCCAUCUAUGUUUAAGCGUAUGAAUAAAUACAUAAUAUUAAUAUUCAAA